AUGUCUCGCUCCGCAAAGGACCUCCAGUUUAGCAGUGAUGCCGAGUCCGACCAUCCAGACCACAAUACCGUUGACCAUUCGAAGGUCACUAAUCGUGGAGCGCCAGCUCGUCACAGUCGUCGUCAACGAUCUGAGCAACAUCCCACAUACUUCGACUACCGGAUCAAAUGGUCGCUCGACAUCCAGACAUUGAAAUAA